UUUCAUAUAUUUGAAGCAUAAUCUUAACCUUAUAAUACUUCAGAUUUGGCGAUUGGAUGCAAAUUAUCAAUCCUCUUGAUAAUUUUUCCAAGUUUAGUUAUAAGGCGUGUGCACUAAACCUCAUAUUCAGUCAAUAUGCAUUCAAGCUUCUGCUUAUUGCCUAAAAAGCAAUUCUGUUAAACCAGAAAAAACGAGAAAAAGAUCAGAACUAGAACCAUGAAGAUAUCCAAUAAAUAUUCCCACUUAAUUUUUGUCUUAACUUUUUUUAUGUCCAUCCAGAAAAUCUCCAAUCAAACAGAUACUAUAACUACUACACAGAUCCUUAGGGAUGGUGAGACCAUAGUUUCAUCAGGUGGCAUCUUUGAGUUGGGAUUUUUCAGCCCUGGAAAUUCCAAGCAUAGAUACGUGGGCAUGUGGUACAAGAAAAUAAAAGUUAAGACAGUAGUAUGGGUUGCCAACAGAGAAAUUCCAGUCUCAAAUACAUCAGGAAUAGUCUUAAAGGUUAUCGAGCCAGGACUUCUGGUUCUUCUAAACGAAUCUAAUGGUGGUAUCAUAUGGUCAUCUUAUACAUCCCGACAUGUGAAAACUCCAGUUGCAAUAUUGCUUGACUCAGGAAACUUAGUUUUGAAAGAUGCAAAUGACGAUGGCCAAGGGAAUUUCCUCUGGGAGAGCUUUAAUAAUCCGACUGAUACAUUGUUACCAGGAAUGAAGCUUGGUUGGAACUUUGGUAAGGAGGUCUAUCUAUCAUCGUGGAAUAACAAUGAUGAUCCAUCUUCCGGAGAUUUUACAUAUCACUUAGAUCCUAGUGGUUAUCCACAACUUGUUAUGAAAAGAGGUUCAGAUGUGGUGUUUAAAACUGGACCUUGGAACGGACUAGGCUAUAGUGGGAUGCCAGACUUGAGGAAUAAUUCUAUUUUCAAUUUUGGAGUAGUUAUAAACAAAAACGAGGCAUACCAUGCUUACGAGCUCCUUGGAUCAAUUAUUUCAAGGUAUGCAGUGAAUCCAAGUGGUGUUGCAGAGCGUUGGAUGUGGAUUAGUCGGACGCAAAGUUGGGUGGUUUACAUUACUGCUCCAACAGAUAAUUGUGACAGAUAUAAAGUGUGUGGUGCAUAUGGUAGUUGCAAUAUCGAAAAUUCUCCUGUUUGUGGAUGUUUGGAUAGAUUUCUGCCUAAAGAUCCAGAAGGUUGGGAUAGUGCAGAUUGGUCGGCAGGAUGUGAUCGAAGAACUUCCUUGAAUUGUCAAAAUGGAGAUGUAUUUCUCAGGUAUUCAGGUAUUAAACUGCCAGAUACACAAUAUUCUUGGUUUAACAAGAGUAUGACACUCGAUGAAUGCAAGGUAGUGUGCUUAAAGAAUUGCUCGUGUAUGGCUUAUAGUCAAUUGGAUAUAAGCAAAGGGGGAAGUGGAUGUCUACUUUGGUUCAAAGACCUAAUUGACAUCAGACAGCUUUCGGAAGCCGGACAAGACAUCUACAUUAGAAUGGCUUCUUCUGAAUUAGAGUUGAAAGGAAGGAACAAAAAAGUUCUCGAAUUAAGUUUGUCGUUGUCAAUAGGAAUGAUUCUGCUUGGACUUAGUCUGAUGUUGUAUCUUCGAAGAAGGAAGAAAAGAAAUCACAGGCUCAGAUCAUUUGGUAGGCAAGGACACAACAAAGACAUAGAGAUACCAAUGUUUGAUUUAUAUACAAUAUCUAAAGCUACCAAUAAUUUUUCAGUUAAUAACAAGCUCGGGGAGGGUGGGUUUGGACCUGUUUACAAGGGACUGUUUGAGGAGGGGCAGGAAAUUGCAGUCAAACGGUUAUCAAGAAAUUCCUUCCAAGGACUUGAUGAGUUCAAGAAUGAAGUUAUCUGUAUAGCUAAACAUCAACAUCGAAAUCUUGUGAAGCUUCUAGGUUGCUGCAUUGAAGGAGAAGAAAAGAUGUUAAUUUAUGAAUACAUGCCUAACAGAAGUUUGGACUUGAUUCUAUUUGAUCCAAUGCAAAGUGCAGUUCUUGACUGGCCAAAGCGCUUUCACAUUAUCAAUGGUAUUGCUCGGGGUCUUAUGUAUCUCCAUCAAGAUUCCCGUCUAAGAAUAAUCCAUAGAGACCUCAAAGCUAGCAACAUUUUGCUAGAUUCUGAUAUGAACCCAAAGAUAUCAGACUUUGGCCUGGCUCGAUGUUUUGGAGGAAACGAGACUGGAGCUAAUACAAGCCGAGUAGUUGGAACAUAUGGCUACAUGUCCCCAGAAUAUGCUAUAGAUGGUCAUUUCUCAGUGAAAUCAGAUGUAUAUAGUUUUGGGGUUUUGGUGCUUGAGAUAGUGAGUGGCAAAAGAAACAGAAGAUUUUCUCACAGAGAUCACCACCACAAUCUUCUUGGACAUGCAUGGAGGUUGUACAAAGAAGGAAGGUCUUUGGAAUUAGUCGAUGCUCACCUUGACGUCUCGAGCUAUUUAUCAGAAGUGCUUCGAUCGAUCCAUGUGGGACUUUUAUGCGUUCAACAGUGUCCACAAGAUAGGCCAAGCAUGUCUGUAGCUGUGUUAAUGUUAGCGAAUGAAGGAUUGUUGCCUCAAGCUAGACAACCUGGUUUUUUCACAGAAAGAGAUGCUGAAAGUUCAAGUAGCACAACCACUGCAAAUUCAAAAAACCAAAUGACCAUUUCACUGGUGGAAGCAAGAUAAGUAAAUUAGAUACAAUAGUUACCCUGUUUUGCUUUUUUCGUUCUUCAACCAAAAUACUGUAUUUGUCUUCCAUUAUAAACAUUAAUUUUCUAUUAAAGAAAUAACAUUCUCCUCUGUAAUUGAUGAAUUUAGCAAACAUGAUACCACUGGCAAAUAAAAUCAAGUGAGUAAGUCAAUAAAGAUUGUAUUUUAUUCUAAUAA